CACAUAGUCAGAAACAAGAAGGUGAAAGAAUGGAGUAUUCAGUAUUUAAAUCACAUGUAAUUGGGAUCGUAAUUGGGAUCACUCACAAAGUGUAACAAGAUAUGUGUGCAGCACAAACAACUGCCAAAUUAAUAUUUUAUUACCGGGUUUUUGGUGAGCUGUUUUGGGUUGUGGCUGUCUCAGUCAGACUGUUACUGCUGUAGGGAUCUCCCCUCUCGGUUUGGACAGGAACUUCACCAUGAGUAUUGAGGAGACGGACGAGUACCAGUGUGCCUGUCUCCCAGACUUCAACUGCCUGGAGGGUCAGAACUACUGCAACACCACCAGGGGGGUUGGGUGUUUUUCCGUGAUAGAGCGGACCGACACAGGUGUGUUUGUACGGAAAGGCUGUGGCUAUGACAACAAGAAGCACCUGAUGAACUGUCAGGGCAAGCGGGACAACGUGUGGACUCGGGGCCCCGACCUCGCGAUCAGAUGCUGCUCCCAUCAGUUCUGUAACUUUGACAAUGACCCUGAACUGAAGGCCACCAAAGUGGAAGAAGAGUUGCCGAUCAACAUGUACAUGGUGAUGGCUGUACUGGUUCCCAUUGGUGUGCUGAUCAUCGCUGUCGUUAUCGUAUUCUUUGUAUUCAGACAUCUCCAAAAACAGCGCCCCGAGAGUCAGGAGAACCUGAGGGUGAGAGAGGAACUCCUACCCCAGGAGUACGGAGGAAUCAGGGUCACUCAGGUCGGGGAUAGCACACUGCAGGAGCUGAUAGAUGAGUCCUGUACGUCAGGAAGUGGGUCGGGGUUACCUUUCCUUGUCCAGGCGACAGUCGCUAGAAGUAUCUCCCUUAUAGAGUGUAUAGGGAAGGGGCGUUAUGGAUCGGUGUGGCGUGGGAGGUACCACGAUGAGAACUUGGCUGUCAAAAUCUUCUCAUCUCGAGACGAGGCGAGCUGGCUCAGAGAAACAGAGAUUUACAACACAUGUCUGCUCAGACAUGAGGGAAUUCUGGGAUAUUACGCCUCAGAUAUGACCAGCCGUAACUCUUGUACCCAGCUGUGGCUGAUCAUGCAUUACCACGAGAAUGGUUCCUUGUACGACUACCUCCAGUCCACCACACUGGACCACGAAGAAAUGUUACGUCUGUGUCACUCGGCUGCGGCGGGGAUCGUUCACCUUCACACCGAAAUAGUGGGAAAUCAUGGGAAACCGGCCAUCGCUCACCGUGACAUCAAGUCAAAGAACAUUUUAGUGAAGGGCAAUGGGACCUGCUGUAUAGGGGACCUGGGGCUGGCUGUGACACACACCCAGGAGAACAAUAAGAUAGACCUGGGUCGUAACAACAAGGUGGGAACCAAGCGCUACAUGGCACCAGAACUGUUGGACGAGACCCUGAAUCCCGAGUACUUUGAGGCAUUCAAGCAGGUGGAUGUGUACGCCUUUGGUUUGGUGAUGUGGGAGAUUGCAAGGAGAUGUGUGGCGGAAGGCAUGGUAGAUGAUUAUAAGCCGCCUUUCUGGGAUGUGGUUCCGUCGGAUCCAUCCUUUGAUGACAUGAAGAAAGUUGUCGUUAUUGACCAACAACGACCGGCCAUUCCCAACCGAUGGUCUGCAGACCCUAUAUUGCUGCUGAUGAGCAAAGUUAUCCAGGAGUGUUGGACGUGUAACCCCAAAGCUCGUCUCACCAUCCUCCGAAUCAAAAAGACACUCAACCAGCUGCUCAACCAACCUCAGUGCAAAAAGGUCAAGGACACCAACAAAUGCUGAGGACCACGCCUAGAGGGAUUGUGACAUUGUGAUUGGCUGCCGGCCAAACUCUGGCUUACCAGUUCCCCGUCUGAGAUAAACAAAGAUUUAUUGGUCAGCUGACAAAAAGCCAGCUGUUAUUACAGAUAUAUGUAAUAUCUUGUUAAUUUUUUAGGGUUCUGUAAAGUUUAAGAGAGAGUUUAUAUGAGUCUGGGCUUUUUUAAAAAAACUGCUCAUUUUUUUGGUAAUUUUUGGUUAUCAGCUGUUUUGUAAAAGGAGGGAUUUCAUCCAAAAGUUUUGUUAUACUCCCAGAGUAGCAAAUCGUGUCUUGUAUAGGCGGUAAGCCUGACCGUCAGUCCUUCAUUUACUGGACCAAGAACAGUUAAAUGAAAUCUUAUGUUUACAUUCCAGAAAACGUUGCUUUAGAAGGAUGUAAUUAACUGUAAAGUCAUGUACUUGCAUGCUGCCAUUGUUAUUGUUAUUCAGGAAUAUUUUGUCAUUAUCAUUGUUGUAUGUUCAGGAUGAGAGCAUGGUACAUCUACCAGUGUACAAAAACCUAGUCCAAUUUACACAUGUACCAUGGAUCACCAAUAUUCUGUCUUUAUGUAGAGUUAUCAAACGUUGUGCUGAAACUGUAAGUAAUCUUCCAAACAUUAUGUAUUUAAUAUAGUAGCUUUCACGAAGAUUGUUUACAUUGAAAUUUCAUCAGAAUGCUUUUGGUAUAUAUUAUCAUACAGCAGUAAAUAUAUUGUACAUAUACUAAAAAACCUUUUUAUUGAAUAUUUUUACUUUUUGAAAAUGUAUUGACACAAAUGUUAACAUUACCAUGGAAACAAACAGUUGUCAGUGAGUGGAUUUCAAGAAUCUCAUUAAAAAAUGUUGAUGUUUUA